ACUUUCUUUUUCCUUUUUAUUUGCUUACCCUUAAUUAAUCCACCAUUGCUUUUUCUGAGUUAUAAAGUCCUCAAACAGUUUAAGCCUAACUCUUUGCAGCCCUGUACCUGUUUAGAUCUAGUUUUUCAUAGAAUUUGAUAAGCCAAGGCCAUAUUCUUUUAGGGUACAAGUUUCCGAGAAAAUCAACCAAAACCAUUGUAGAUUUAUUUAUUUAUUCUCACAUAUGGGCUCUCUCUUCUAUCUCACAUUGGUUGUUCUUUCAUUCAUAUGUGCAGUGUUAACAAAAACUGAAGCUCAGAAGAUCCAAUCAGCCCGUCUUCUCGACCUUCUCAUUCGAGACAUCACCUUCAAGGCGUAUGACACACGCAUCAAGACAGGAACACUACACACUGUAAAUUUACCGGCAAACUUCUCUGGCAUAUUUGUUGAUACAGCAAGGUUCAGAUGUGGAAGUCUGCGAAGGUACGGCGCGCAGAUAAAAGAAUUUCGUCUAUGCACUGGUGUAUCUGUGCAUCCGUGUGCUGAGAGGGUCAUGGUAGUUAGACAAAACUUGGGAUAUAAUUGGUCUUUGAUAUAUUAUGCCAACUAUAACCUAUCUGGAUACCAGCUUGUUUCUCCAAUUUUAGGCCUCUUAGCAUAUAAUGCCGGUACUGAUGUGAACUUCAGCAACCCUUUUGAGCUUGGCAUUGAAGCCGGAGAAAAACCCAUCAGCAUUGACUUCAAAAACAUCACAAGGAUGAGCAACGAAUUGGGUACGAGGCCAUUAUGUGCAAGUUUUGAAGGUGAUGGGAAAGUGACAUUGGCAAGGGAAACUAAACCUUACAUUUGUGCUGCAAAAAGGCAUGGACAUUUUGGGUUGGUCAUCAACAAACCUAUUCCGGUGCAGUUGAGGAAGAGAGUGAGCCAGUGGAAAGUCGCGGUUGGAAGCUCGGUUGGAUCUGCAUUGGGUGCUUUUCUUUUGGGGCUGCUUCUGGUGGCAAUGCUUGUGAAGGUGAAGAAGCAGUCGAGGAUGGUGGAGAUGGAGAGAAGGGCUUAUGAAGAGGAAGCUUUACAGGUAUCAAUGGUUGGACAUGUAAGGGCUCCUACCGCAUCGGGUACUCGAACAACGCCAACAAUCGAGCAUGAGUAUAUACCUCCUCCUCACUGAAUUGAAUUCAAUUUUGUUCACACUAAAUUAUUCUUUUUGUAACAUUAUUUAGUGAAAUGGAAU